UCUCUCUCUCUCUCUCUCCCCUGUCAAAAAUAGCAAAAUGGUCCAGAAUUUAUGCAGCAGAUAACCAAGCAGAUAGCAGUGAAUGCGUGAAGAAACCUCGCCGCCUUCCUGCUUUUGUUCGUCUCUCUCGAACACGCAUUGAUACAGCGCCGCUCUUCUCAGGAUAACAGACGCCAGAGGAACUUCUCUUCUCCUGUCCCAAAAGUUUUCGUUUAGUGCCUGAAUCGUUUCGAGCUACAAAUCAUUCUAGGCUGUCAAGAUGCCGGAGAUUCAGUUGGGUGCUCACACAUUUAGAACUCAUGGUGCUCAAGUAGCCAGGUUUCACAUGCAUGAUUGGCUUAUACUUUUUCUGCUUGUGGCGAUUGACAUAAUCCUGAAUGUCAUUGAACCAUUUCACCGGUUUGUCGGUCAAGAUAUGAUGACAGACCUGAAGUAUCCGUUGAAAGAUAACACCAUUCCCUUUUGGGCUGUUCCGAUAGUAGGAAUAAUAUUGCCUCUAACCAUCAUCCUUGUCUUCUACUUUAUUCGACGAGAUGUCUAUGAUUUACACCAUGCUCUGUUGGGUUGCUUUUUUUCUGUACUUAUAACUGCUGUUCUCACUGAUGCAAUUAAAGAUGCUGUUGGCCGCCCUCGGCCUGACUUCUACUGGCGCUGUUUCCCUGAUGGUAAACCUUUUUUUCAUAAUGUGACAGGGAAUGUCCAGUGCACUGGAUUAAAGGGUGUCAUAAAAGAAGGUCAUAAAAGUUUUCCCAGCGGACAUACAUCAUGGUCCUUUGCUGGGCUAGGCUUUCUGGCGUUGUAUUUGUCUGGUAAAAUCAGAGUGUUUGAUCGUAGAGGCCAUGUAGCGAAGCUAUGUCUCGUCUUUUUUCCAUUACUCAUGGCAGCGUUAGUGGGAGUAUCGAGAGUUGAUGAUUAUUGGCAUCAUUGGCAGGAUGUCUUUGCUGGAGGUCUACUAGGGUUGGCAGUUGCCUCGUUUUGUUACUUGCAAUUUUUUCCUCCGCCAUAUGAUAUAGACGGUUGGGCGCCUCAUGCAUAUCUCAACAUGGUGGCAGAGUCACAGAGUGAAAACCGAGCAUCAACGAACCAUGGAAGCCAUCUAACUGUAAGAGAGUCGGAAUUUGAGACCGUGCAAGUCUGAUAUAUCAAAUAGUGGAGGCGAAAACCAACUAGUACAGACUAUUUGCACAUGGUAGAAAAAGGCUAAUCCAUUUAUUAGAGGUAGAUAGACAAAACUUGCAGAUUUUGACAAAUUCUACUUCUGUUACAGUAUUAUACUGUGAACUAUGACUGCUAUAAAAUCAUUGAAAUGUAAAAGGUGAUCAAAUUUCA